AUGUCCGUCCAAGACAUCACCUCCAAGGCCGAGUUCGACCAGCUCCUCAAGGCCAGCCCCUACGUCGCCCUCCAGGCCACAGCCACCUGGUGCGGGCCCUGCAAGGCCAUCUCGCCCAUCUACAACAAGCUCGCCGAGUCCAACAAGGACGCCGCCGCCGCCAAGUUUGUCCGCUUCGACAUUGACGCCGACUCGGACCUCACACAGGAGCUCGGCAUCCGCUCCGUGCCCGCCUUCUUCUUCUUCGAGAACGGCGAGAAGGCGGACAGCGUCGUCGGCGCGAACCCGCCCGCCCUGCAAAAGGCUGUUGGUGCGCUUGUCGAAAAGGCCAGCGCAUGA